AUUGGCUAGGCGUUGGAGGUACAGCCAGGGCAGGGAUAGGGAGGAGGCGGUCGAAGCGCUUCUCCGGGCCGAGCUGGGCCAAGCGGAGGGCCGGUGCCAGCUCCUCCAGGUCCGGGACAGCAGCGGGAGCCGAGCCGGAGCCGCGGGCGCCGUCGCCAUGCGCUGGGUCCGGGCGCUGUUGAAGAAUGCGUCCCUAGCAGGGGCGCCCAAGUACAUCGAGCACUUCAGCAAGUUCUCUCCGUCCCCGCUGUCCAUGAAGCAGUUUCUAGACUUUGGAUCCAGCAAUGCCUGCGAGAAAACUUCCUUCACCUUCCUCCGGCAGGAGCUACCCGUGCGCCUGGCCAACAUCAUGAAAGAGAUUAACCUGCUGCCCGACCGAGUGCUGGGCACCCCCUCGGUGCAACUGGUGCAGAGCUGGUAUGUCCAGAGUCUGCUGGACAUCAUGGAAUUCCUGGACAAGGACCCGGAGGAUCACCGGACCCUAAGCCAGUUCACCGAUGCCCUGGUCACCAUCCGGAACCGGCACAAUGACGUGGUGCCCACCAUGGCGCAGGGAGUGCUGGAGUACAAGGACACUUACGGCGAUGACCCGGUCUCCAACCAGAACAUUCAGUACUUCUUGGACCGCUUCUACCUCAGCCGCAUCUCCAUCCGCAUGCUCAUCAACCAGCACACCCUCAUCUUUGAUGGGGGUACCAACCCAGCUCACCCCAAACACAUUGGCAGCAUCGACCCCAACUGCAGCGUGUCUGACGUGGUGAAAGAUGCCUAUGACAUGGCCAAGCUCCUGUGUGACAAGUAUUAUAUGGCUUCACCUGACCUAGAGAUCCAGGAAGUUAAUGCGACCAACACCAACCAGCCCAUUCACAUGGUCUACGUCCCUUCCCACCUCUACCACAUGCUCUUCGAGCUCUUCAAGAAUGCCAUGCGGGCCACUGUGGAAAGCCACGAGUCCAGCCUCACUCUCCCCCCUAUCAAGAUUAUGGUGGCCUUGGGUGAAGAAGAUCUGUCCAUCAAAAUGAGUGACCGAGGUGGGGGUGUCCCCUUGAGGAAGAUUGAGAGGCUCUUCAGCUACAUGUACUCCACAGCCCCCACACCCCAGCCUGGCACUGGGGGUACCCCGCUGGCUGGCUUUGGAUAUGGACUCCCCAUUUCCCGUCUCUACGCCAAGUACUUCCAAGGGGACUUGCAGCUCUUCUCUAUGGAGGGCUUUGGGACAGAUGCUGUCAUCUAUCUCAAGGCCCUGUCCACGGACUCAGUGGAGCGCCUGCCUGUCUACAACAAGUCUGCCUGGCGCCACUAUCAGACCAUCCAGGAGGCCGGUGACUGGUGUGUGCCCAGCACAGAGCCCAAGAACACAUCGACGUAUCGGGUCAGCUAGGGGCCUUCUCUGCCUGGCACCUGGGAGGAUGCUGCCACCUCUGAAUCCAGCCACCAUGGGGACCUUCCCCAUCCCCUGGGGUACAGAGGGUGACGCUGGGUCUCCCUAAUGGCCAGGUCUGUCUUUGUAGAAAUCUCAGUGACCCAUCUGUGGUGGUCCCUAAGUGCCAAUCUGUCUCUAUGGAGACACCUAGGGGGUUUCCCUGGAGUCUGGUCUCCAUGGUGAUGCUUGAAGGUUGUAGAUGGCUCUACCUGAUGGGGGCCCCAGAGACACUUCUCCACGGCCGUUCUCCCGAGACCAGAGCUGUCAGUUUUCCUACCAGAGACCCUGGGUCCCCUUCACUGCCUGCGUAGUCCUGGCCUUCCGAGGGGCCGCCCUGCUCGUCUUAUCCCCGCACCCUGUACAGGUACACUGGGCUGUGUUCUUUGUCAACGUUAAGAAGGGUGGAGUGCCCUCAGGUUGGGAGAGAGGAUGGAGGGGCGGGGGUGGGGGGUGCACCCUUGACCCCAGUCCUACGGCCUCUCUAUCGCUACUCUGGACAUUAAGGUUGCAGCUGGGAACUUGAGAGUGGGUGGUGGUUCUCAUCCAAGGCCCACUUCUAAAGUGGGGACACCUGAGAAAGCCCAGAGGUAACCCCGCCCCACCAGGAUUCCAAGGCGAUCUUGGCAAUGUUUGUGAUGCUUCCUAAACCCUUGCCCAGCAUGUCCUCACAUGCACACCUCCCCUGCCCAGUGUACACCCACCCUGUCCUGCCUGAGCUUUAGACCCCACCCCCCUGUGCCCACCGUGUGUGCGCAGGUGACUCAUCCCCAGGACACCCCAUGUACAUAGUCGGUUUUGUAAUCUCAAAUGCCUCCCCCUCCCCCUUCCCCUCCGCACACAGGGGUUAAAGCUGUGUGCCCCUCCCAGUGGCUGGGACGGUGACAGUGACAUCCACAGUAAAUAGAUGAAAUGAGA